CCUCUAUGCUUUAAUAUUACUUGUUAUUUUAUGUGUUCAAUAUUUACCAGUAUCCAUUGCUACCUCUAAAUUCCAACCUAAGAAUUCAAUAUCAGAAUCAAAUUUAUUAAGUUUAAAUCGCCUCAAAAAGUGUGAAUCAUCUUGGUGGAGUAAUCGAAAAAAUAUUCAAAAAUGGUCUAAUAGGAAAAAUUGGUGUACAAGUGAUUCAGAAUAUCAUUCUUCACGGAAAUCUAACAAGGAAAUUUGGUCAAAUUGGGAAAAAUUUUCACAAUGCAGAUGCGAAUCAUUAAAUUGGGAUAUAAAGAAUCCCGCUGGAAUUUUUGUCUGUUACCAAAUUGCCUGGUUUAAUAAAUUUACCGGAAAAUUUGUCGGGGAACUUUCAGUUUACAAAUUAAGCUCUAAGAACAAGUGUAAAGAUGAAUCUUCACACGUUGCAUUCAAAUUUUCCGAAUUUAACGUCAAUAUUCACAAAAUGUCUCGUUUAAAGCAUGAUUCGUCCGGAUUUUACCACGGAAUUUCUCCUAGAUUUUCUUGGAAAAAAGAUGAUAUGACAAUUCACAAAUUUUAUGUUCAUGGUAAAAUUUCAAAGAGUGAAUUAAUUAAUAAGAAGAUAUUGAUAGAUAUACUUAGCCCUUCAGAAUAUAAGGUUAUAAUUGGUUUAAAGGAGUACGAACUCAAGAAAAAUCUUGAUGUUGCAAAUUUACUAUUCUCAAAUUAUCUGCCGGAUAAACCAUUUUCUCAUUUGGUGGACGACUGCUCAUCUUAUAAUAAUCGCCCUUCGGAUGACCCCACUAAUCCUAACGGUAAAAAUAAUUCGGAUGACCCCACUAAUCCUAACGGUAAAAAUAAUUCUGAUGAAAACACUCCGACCAGAACAACUAACCCUGUUGAAACUCAAACACAAGUCCCAACCAGUGGUUCCAAUUCUAACCCUGAUAUUGUAGCCCCUAAUGUUACAACUAUGCCUAAUCCUUUAUCUUCACCUAUGCCAUCUUCGAAUGUUGCAGCCCCUGCUGAUGCUUCACCUACGGGAGAUGUUACGAAUAUAAAUUCACCUAAUUCUUCACCCAAUUCUCCACCCAGUUCUUCACCUAAUGCUUUACCUGAUUCUUCACCUGAUUCAACUGAUUCUUCAACUGAUUCUUCACCUGAUGCUUUACCUGAUUCUUCAUCCAGUUCUUCACCAACAUCAUCUCCGGUAAAUGCUGCAGAUCAAGAAUCCUCCUCGUCAACCCCUACCCCGUUGCCAGGGGCAACUUUAGGCGUACUUCCAAUAGGUUUGGGUAUAUUUGGAGCGAUAAUUUUAAUUGCCGUUAUAUUUGUUUUGUAUUCAAGAUAUCAAAGUGGUAAAUGGACAAAACAAUAUCGUCGGAGACAAGCGAUACGAAGCGAAAACCUAGUUAAUGCUCCUGGUUUUAAUGUUGGUAAUAAUGCUACUUAA